AUGCUCACCCAAGCGGGAUUGGAGCAGAAUGGACUGGAGCUUCUGGAGCGAGUUGUGCCUCUUCCUCCUCCAGCUCUGCCAACCCUUCUGUACCAGCGUCCAUUGUCGCCACUGAUCCCGUGCAGGAAGACGUCUCCAGAGAGUCCGGCCUAUGAUGAGUGCCCUGAUGAGAAGGAUCUUCUCGAUCUGCCGCCCUGGCGAAGUCCAGGGUCUGCGAGACCAUCCAAGCCUGCCGCUUCCCACAUCAACCUUGUCUUCAAUGCCGAUGUGAAUCCUGCCGAACGGAGGGGGGUCCAGCCCUCGGAGUUGUGGCCCAGGCCCAUGCGCAGAGUGAAAGUGCCCUCGAGCCCAAAACACACAAUGGCCACCGGAUUGGCAGGUGAAUCUGAGCAAGAGGAGGAAGAAUACAUCACCGGUUAG